UAGGGCAUUGGGCCUGGAAAUCAUGUCCGGCAACCUGAGGAAAAAAUGUGGGGGUGUGAGUACAAUGCUCAGGAGGAGGAGUCUGGUUACGUCCCUCCGUCUUGGAAACCACACGCCGAGCGGAUCCUGGCUUGUCCACACUCAGUGCACUCUGCCCGGGCGAGAGGUUGGAGACGAUGCCGCUGGAGAGGAGGAGGAGGCGGUGAAAGCGGCUGGCGGUGGAAGCUCAAGAUAGAAGCGCUCUUCCAGGAGGGUGGGGGCUCUCUUGUCUUGUAAGAGGAUAAAGAGAAAAGGGAAAUCAAGCUGUUUUUAAGCGGAUUGUUUGGGCCAGCACCUCGGUGAGACCAUGACCAGCGGGCCGGAUGAGAGUUCGGUGCGCGUCGCCCUGAGGAUUCGUCCUCAGCUGGCCAAAGAAAAGAUAGAGGGUUGUCACAUCUGUACAUACGUGAUGCCCGGGGAGCCCCAGGUGGUCCUGGGUAAGGACAAGGCCUUCACCUAUGACUACGUCUUUGACAUGGACACCCAGCAGGAAGCCAUCUACACCCACUGUACCGAGAGACUCAUUGAGGGCUGCUUCGAGGGCUACAAUGCCACCAUCUUCGCUUAUGGACAGACGGGUUCAGGGAAGACCUACACCAUGGGAACCGGCUUCGACGUCAACAUCGGAGAGGACGAGCUAGGUAUCAUUCCCCGGGCCGUCAACCACCUGUUCAGGGGGAUCGAGGAGCGCAGACAGGCCGCCACCGAGCAGGGCAGGCCAGUCCCUGAGUUCAAGAUCAAUGCGCAGUUCCUGGAGUUGUACAACGAGGAGGUGCUGGACUUGUUCGACUCCACACGAGACAUCGAGGCCAGGAAACAGAGGUCCAACAUCAAAAUCCACGAGGACGCCAACGGAGGCAUCUAUACUGUGGGGGUUACCACCCGCACCGUCACCUCUGCGGCUGAGAUGAUACAGUGUCUAAAGUUGGGCGCUCUGUCUCGUACCACGGCCAGCACCCAGAUGAACGUCCAGAGUUCCCGCUCUCACGCUAUUUUCACCAUCCACCUGUGCCAAGUCCGAGUCUGCUCUCCUGAUAACAACGAUAAUGUGACAGAUAACCGUUUAGCUACCGACUCUGAGAUUAAUGAGUUUGAGACGCUGACAGCCAAGUUCCACUUUGUGGACCUGGCUGGUUCAGAAAGACUGAAGAGAACCGGAGCAACAGGAGACAGAGCAAAAGAGGGCAUCUCCAUCAACUGUGGGCUGCUUGCCUUGGGAAAUGUCAUCAGUGCUGGGGACAGGAGUAAACGCUCCAGUCACGUGCCUUACAGAGACUCCAAACUGACACGGCUGUUACAGGACUCAUUAGGUGGCAACAGUCAAACCGUAAUGAUCGCUUGUAUCAGCCCGUCAGACCGGGACUUCAUGGAGACUUUGAACACCCUGAAGUACGCCAACCGAGCACGAAACAUCAAGAACAAGGUGAUGGUGAACCAAGACCGAGCCAGUCAGCAGAUCAGCGCUCUGAGGACAGAAAUAGCCCGACUGCAGAUGGAGCUGAUGGAGUACAAGACGGGAAAGCGAAUGGUGGGUGAAGAUGGUGUGGAGGGCCUCAACGACUUGGUCCAUGAGAACUCCAUGCUGCAGACAGAGAACAACCACCUGAGGGUGAGGGUGAAGGCCAUGCAGGAGACCAUUGAUGCUCAGAGAGCCAGACUCACACAGAUCCUCAGUGACCAGGCCAACCAGGCUCUGGCUAAAGCAGGUGAAGGCAAUGAAGAAAUUGGAAACAUGAUUCAGAACUAUAUCAAAGAAAUCGAGGAGCUCAGAGCUAAACUUCUCGAAAGUGAGUCUGUGAACGAGAACCUCAGAAAGAACCUGUCUCGGGCCUCCACUCGCUCCUCGCUGUAUGGAGGCCCCGGCUCCUUCUCCUCUGCCCUGCUCGCCCCCGAGAAGGAGGCCAGCGAUGUCAUCAUGAUGGCCAAGAAAGACUUGGAGAAACUCAAGAAGAAGGAGAGGAAGAAGAAGAAGAGGCUGAGGCAAUAUGAAGAGAAUCACCACCAAGAGGUUGAACAUGCCAGCGUUCUCAAAGAGGAAGUCCCAGACAAUGACCAGGAGCGAGGCAACGAGGAGGCGGAGGUGGAGGGCAGCGAUCACGAAGAAGGUGAGGAUGCAGAUGGAGAGGAGGAGGACUUCGACAUGGCAGGAGAGGAGACGUCUGAUGACUCUGACUCUGAGGAACUGGAGGAGAAAGAGAGCGUCCAGGCUGACCUGGCCAACAUCACCUGCGAGAUCGCCAUUAAGCAAAAGCUGAUAGAUGAGCUGGAGAACAGCCAGCGGCGCCUGCACACACUCAAACAGCAGUACGAGCAGAAGCUGAUGAUGCUGCAGAACAAGAUCAGAGACACACAGCUGGAGAGGGACAAGGUGCUGCACAAUAUGGGCUCAGUGGAGUCAGGUACGGAGGAGAAGGCCAAGAGGAUCAAAGUGGAGUAUGAGAAGAAGCUGAGCUCCAUGAACAAAGAGCUGCAGAAACUCCAGUCAGCUCAGAAAGAGCACGCUCGCCUGCUGAAGAACCAGUCGCAGUACGAGAAGCAGCUCAAGAAACUCCAGCUGGAUGUGACCGAGAUGAAGAAAACCAAGGUGGCGCUGAUGCGUCAGAUGAAGGAGCAGCAGGAGAGGAACAGGGCCACAGAGUGCAGGCGAAACAGGGAGAUCGCCUCUCUGAAGAAAGACCAGCGCAGAGCCGAGCACCAGCUGAGGCAGCUGGAGGCCCAGAAGAGACAACAGGAGUUGAUUCUACGUAGGAAGAAUGAAGAGGUGACAGCUCUCAGGCGGCAGGUGAGGCCCGUGUCUGGGAAGGUGAGCAGAAAGGUGAGCUUACCUGAACCUCUCCAGGAGCCGUCACAUCGAGCCACGCCUGGAAGGCUGCAGACCUCUGGAGCAUCCCAGUCCAAUGGAGCCAGGAGCUCCCCAGUGCGGAUGGGAAGUAUCUACCUCAGCAGGACAGCCAGGGCCAAAUGGCAGUCACUGGAAAGACGUGUCAGUGACAUCAUCAUGCAGAGGAUGACUAUCUCUAACAUGGAGACAGAUAUGAACCGACUGCUAAAGCAACGUGAGGACCUGACCAGGCGGAGGGAGCGAGUGUCCAGAAAGAGGGAGAAGAUGGCGGUGGACGGUGCAGAUGCUGACCGCUCCCUGGCCUCCCUGAAUGAGGAGCUGGAGUCUCUCAACGCCAACAUCGACUACAUCAACGACAGCAUUGCCGACUGCCAGGCCAACAUUAUGCAGAUGGAGGAAGCCAAGGAGGAAGGAGACACGGUGGAUGUUACAGCAGUGAUCAGCUCCUGUAAUUUAUCAGAGGCUCGUUUCCUUCUGGACCAUUUCGUAACUAUGGCCAUCAACAAGGGUCUGCAGGCGGCUCAGAAGGAUUCUCAGCUGAAGGUUAUGGAGGGCAGGUUGAAGCAGACAGAGAUUAACAGUGCCACCCAGAACCAGCUGCUGUUCCACAUGCUGAAGGAGAAGGCUGAGAUCAACCCGGAGCUGGAUGCUCUGCUUGGCAGUGCUCUGCAAGAGUUAGGUUACCUGUCACCAGAAAACGGAGAUGACAGCAGUAGUGACGAGUCCACCCCCAGCCCGGCCACAGAGGGCAGCACACUUGCAUCAGAUCUAAUGAAGUUAUGUGGUGAAUCCAGACCAAGAAGUAAGGCUCGCAGACGGACCACCACCCAGAUGGAGCUGCUCUAUGCCAGCAGUGGGGAUCUAUCCUGUGAAUCCCCCACCGGAGACUUCUCGGCCCCUCUGCUGCCCCUCUCAGAGCGCCUGGAAGGGCCGGCAGACAUGCAGGGUCAUGCUGUUGGUCAAACCCCUGACCGCGAGCAAACUGUUUCCCCAUCUGCACUGUCUGCCCGGCCAGCUGGCCUAUCUGGAUCCAGGUCACCUACAGGGUCUGAGAGGAGGCAACUGGAGCGCUCGCCCCUCAACCGAAGGAAGAUGCAAGAGAAAGGACCCACAGCAACACACAUCCCAGCACCUACACACACCCCUCCUGUUGGCAUGGCAGAAACCAAAACUAAAGGCAGCGACUACAAAACACUGUUGGAUGAGUCACCUGUAUUUGAAGGCCACAGAGGCGUGAUCAACCCUGUGACAGCCCCUAAGAACAGCCGGGGGGCGAAACUUCAGUGCGUCUACGUAGCCGAGGGGCACACCAAGCCUGUGCUCUGUGUGGACGCUACUGAUGAUCUCCUCUUCACAGGAUCCAAAGACCGUACAUGUAAAGUCUGGAACUUGGUGACGGGUCAGGAGAUCAUGUCUUUGGCAGAUCAUCCCAGCAGUGUUGUCUCAGUCAGGUACACUUCUAGUCUUGUCUUCACUGUUUCCACUGCUUACAUCAAAGUCUGGGACAUACGAGAUUCUGCCAAGUGUAUACGCACACUAACGUCAUCUGGUCAGGUGGGUUCAGGAGACACUUGUUCCUCUGUCCGGAGUUUAUCCAUCCCACCAGGAGAGAGCCAGAUCAACCAGAUCGCUCUGAACCCUUCAGGCUCCUUCCUUUAUGCUGCUGCUGGCAAUGCUGUGCGCAUGUGGGAUCUCCGCAAGUUUGUGUCCACAGGGAAGCUGACAGGCCAUUUGGGACCUGUCAUGUGUCUGACUGUUGACAAGUUAGGUCAUGGACAGGAUGUUGUCCUCACUGGAUCCAAAGACCAUCAUAUUAAAAUGUUUGAGGUGACAGAAGGUGUUCAGGGUAGCAUCACCUCCAGCCAUACAUUUGAGCCCGCUCAUCAGGAUGGUGUGGAGUCCCUGGCUGUGAACGGAGAUGUUUUCUACAGCGGCUCCAGAGACUAUUACAUCAAAAAGUGGGACCUAGCUAGCAGAGAGCUGCUACAGCAGUCAGCCAGUGCUCAGGCAGACUGGGUUAGCGCUCUGGGCGUGGUGCCAGGCUCCCCGGUGCUGCUCAGCGGAUGCAGAGGAGGGCUGCUGCGCCUUUGGCACGCUGACUCGCUAGCACCCCUCGGCGAGGUCCGGGGACACGACAGUCCCAUUAAUGGCCUGGCCACCAACAGCAGCCAACUGUUCACUGCUUCUGAUGACCGCACAGUGAAAAUUUGGGAAGCUAAAGGAUCCCUGGAGGAAGGAGUCCACUGACAUCUGAUUCCUGAUAAAUCACAGAGCAGAUCUGAAUGCGAGCAUCAAAGUCCUUCAACUAAUCUAAAUAAAACAGGCAAGCUGUGGAUGGGAGCCCAAAGUGGAUCAAGAGCCUGAAAGUGUGGGCCUCAGACUGAGGCAAAAUCUUUAAACAACAAGAUGGAUCAUCAGUAAAGCUCCAAGGACCACAGAACAGCUGCAGUGAACAGCACCUUUCAUAACUGUGACAGCACAUGAUAAAAUGAAAGUAAAAAUAUGGAUUUAUGGAUCUGUGUGUAUCUAUCCAGGAGCCUCUGCUGUGCUUUCAACAUUCCUCUACUCAGUUCAGCGUAAAACAACAUGGAUACCUUCUAUGCAUGAAUUUUUCUGCAGCCGCAGUGAAAAAGAAAAAAAAUAGGUUUUCGUGCAGUGCUUUGCUUCUUUGCACCAAAAACCAAGACAAGCAUUUCCAAGUCCUUCAAAUCCUCUGCUCACCAGCAAUGUGAGUCUAUCAGUCUAUCCCAUAUGUUCACAUGAUGUGUGAGGUGUUGUGUCUUCUUGUUAUUGCUCUUCAGGUCAUUUCAGGUGUGUGUGUGUGUGUGUGUGUGUGUUCUUUGUAACCUAGGACCAAAUAACUACUGAAACUGAUUAAGGACUUGUUCAGCUGUUACUGCCAAACUCUCUCCGCUGGAGAAAACGUCUCUGUGGAGCAAAAGAAGCCCUUAAAUAAAACAUAAUGUGAUCCUUUGACAAUUUACUCAUUUUCAACUUCAAAUUCCUGUAUUUUUUUCCAAUUGGUGUUCCUUUUAAAUGUGUAUCGUGGCUGAACAGUAUUUUGCCAUACAAAAGCAGAGAGCAGUAACUAAAGGAACGGUGAACAGCUUGAAUUUUUAAGAAUAAUGAUUAAUAAAAUUUGAUUUACUUAAAUUUGAAAUAAUGAUGCACUACAUAAAUAAAAAAAGCAUUAUAAAAAGCAUUAUAACCACAUCAAUCCACAUGAAUUCAUCUAAAUUCUGAGGCUAAAACAGCACUCUGUUAAGCUAGGCUAGUUAGCUUUUUUUGCUCUAUUAUGAUCAAAUAUAGCCGCUACCUUAUUUCUGCGGCAUAACAAACUUAAUUGCUAAGAUGGUGGAGGAUCGAAAAGCCAAAACACUGAUUUUCAGGUAGGUAGGUAAAUAAGCUUUUACAAGCUAGCCAUUUACAUGAUGUUUUUUUUUUCAUUUCUAAAGCAUAAUGAUUUUUAUAUGGUACAACAGCUGUCAAAAAGUUUGACUGUAGUCCUUCUUAACUCAGUUUUGGUUCAAUAAAGGUAGUUACUGCGUUUUGGUUUUGUAAGGUACCAGAAAAACCAUUUGCACAGGCUGUGUAAAUUAGUUUGUUAAACCCAGGCAGAGUAGCUGUUCCAUCCAGGUUAAACUGUGUUAAAACGUGUUUCCCCAGCUUGGAUAUUUCAGACGAAGGUAAACACUGUUUUCCUUUUUGUCAGCGAUGUGUUGUCAGCCAUCAGCUGGGUUUCUGGUUUCAGUAUUCUCUGGUUGAUACACAGACAGUUUUGUACCCUUAAGUGGUGUUUUACUUUCCCGUGCUUUCCUGUCAGCAUGCUCCCCUCCGGCUUCUCUGACCUCCAUCUCUUAGGUCUCUAGCGCACAUUUUCUCACUUCCAAGAUUUCGAUUCUUCAAAUGAAAAGGUUACCCACUGAGUAUUUACUUUCUCUAACCUUUAGUAGCUGUGCAACAAAAAACUGAAGUAUAGCUCUGGCAGGGAGUGCUUUUAGGAAACUCCUGCUGCACUCAUAUAACACAUAGUUUGACAGUUAAAUGACAGUGAUGAGAGGCUGUUUCUAAACAGAAUAAUGUGAAUGUAAAUCAUUCAUGCUGAUGCAAUCGAGCACCUUGUAAUUUCUAAGUCAUGGAAUAUGAUAGACGCAUUUUGUGAACGCAUUCAAAGAUGUGUGUGCAUGUGUGUGUCUUUUAGUCCAAAUGAUGUGAUAAGUUCUCAGUCCGUUCUCCAUAUACAGUGCUGUUCAUCUCACAUGCUACAGCUUAGCAUUUCAAAACAUCACUCUUUCAAGUGGAGUGUAAAAAGCUAUUAUUUAUUUAUUUUUCUUUGAUUUUUUAUUUUGCUGUUGUGUCUUCCUUAUAAAUCAGAGAUUUUGAAGUCCUUCCCAUCUAAUACCUCUGAUAUCUGAGCAUCAGAGACGAUGGACUGCACAGAAGUUAUGGGAUGGAUUUCUCCAUAAUCAGUGCCUGUUAGAAAUCCUAAACUUUAGAUGUUGAUUGUAGAAUCGCUACCUGAUAAAUGUGGACGGUCCCUGAUUAUCAUGAACUGUCUUACAGUUACACUUGCUGCUCUGGUUUGGAUAUUGGAGGCAGACACUGUUAGCAAUGUUGAAGUCAAUGGGACUAAAAUAAUUGCACUGAAAAAUCACACUUUUGCAACAGUAAAGGCGUUUCCCAUUUGAGUUUACACAAGAGUGAAACUAAGUUACAGGAAAUGCUUUUCAGUCCCACUGGCUUGCACUUGAAUCGCUAAAGAAAUUAUCCCAAAAAGAAAAAUUGGGCUGUUCUAAUUCAGGAUGAAUCUUAAUGAUCCUCUUAAUUGUAGUUGUGUCUUAUUUUGAAAUUUGUCUGUAAAUCUACUCUCAUAUGUAAAUAUGACUUGUUUUUUUCCCCUGCUGAUUCUGUUGUGCACAAAUUCAAGUGAUUAAAAUAUCAGCUGUGGUGUGAAAAUAGAUUUUAAAAUAAACUGGUUUUACAAGUGUCAA